CGACGAGGAGCCGACUUCUUUUCAUUUCUCUAGUUUCUCUGGUUCUUGGCACUGUCAACUACGUGCAAUCAUGGACUCCAUCCAGCAAGCGGUCGUCCAGCCCCUCCAACCCCUCCUCCGACCCAUCGCAUCCGCCCUCCCCAAACCCGUCCACGAUGCCGUUGUCUCCCUAGUCGGUGCCCCCUGCCAUAGCACCCUUCUGGUCGAUCUGGACGUCGCCAAGGAUCCCGAAUGCACCUCGCUCGCCAUCUCCAAGGCACUGGGUAUCGCCAUCGUGGGCGCCAGCGCCAUCGUCAAAGUGCCGCAGAUCCUCAAGUUGAUCAAGUCGCAAUCGUCGGCCGGGGUGUCGUUUGUCUCGUAUGCGCUGGAGACGGCCAGUCUGCUGAUCACGCUGUCUUACAGCGUGCGCAACCAGUUCCCCUUCAGCACCUACGGGGAGACGGCCCUGAUCGCCGUGCAAGAUAUUGUGGUGGGCGUGUUGGUCCUCAGCUUCGCCGGGAAGGGCACCGCAGCCGCGGCGUUUGUCGCCGUCGUCGCCGCUAGUGUCUAUGCGCUGCUCUUCGACCAGACGCUCAUCUAUGCGCAGACCAUGGCGUAUCUGCAGGCGGGCGCGGGAGCGCUGGGUGUGGCCAGCAAAGCGCCGCAGAUUUUGACCAUCUGGCAGGAGGGCAGUACCGGGCAGUUGAGUGCUUUUGCUGUAUUCAACUAUCUCGCCGGAUCCCUGUCGCGCAUCUUCACGACCCUGCAGGAGGUGGACGAUCCGAUCAUCCUGUACGGGUUCAUCGCAGGGUUCAGUCUGAACCUGGUGCUUGCCACGCAGAUGCUGUACUACUGGAACAGCUCGCCGGCUCCCGCCCCGGCCAAGAAACAGACCCGUUCGAAAGCCAAGGCUCAGCUGGAGAAGCCGGUCGCGCAGAGCACGGGGGCAUCGCCCAAGUCGGGCAAGGGGCCUACCACGCGGCGACGGGGUUGAU